AUGGAACUUUCUGACUCAGUUCUGGAUAUACUCGAUCUUGCGGGAUUAGACGUGACGAGGGAUGGGCCAGAAGCAUUCGAUAAACACGGCCCAGAUGGAGACAUUUUACAACGAUGGCGACUUAGUCGAAACAUAACGAAACCUGCUGAGGAAUCAAGUGAUUUCUUUUUGAACAAGUAUCUAGGCUCGAAAAAGGAUCAAGACACUCAAACCAUCCAGCCAUCUUUCCGGAGCUCGUCAACCUCAACUGAUGAAAGAAAGGCAAUCAACAUGGCUGUCCAGUGCCAGACUGCAAAAUGUCGCGAAGCAAGUGUGCAGACGACAGCGAGACAGCAUCGCCGGUCGGUGGCUCUUCAGUUCUCUUCCGCAAAGAAUCACAAAGAGUGCCAAACGGAAGCAGAACUUGAUUCGGAAGAGUUGACAGUUGUAAGUUCGAUGCCCAGCAGAUGUGCGCCCCCAGAAGACGUAACGUUUUUAAGUGCAUGCCCAGACGCGACUCAGAAAACACCUUCGAUUGCAGAGUUAGAAGAAAACUUCUCCCGAAUUCUUGCGGAAAUCGAAGACGAAGAAAAGAGUCCUCAAGGAAAAAAUGAUCCAAUUCUUGAGUUCCUCCUCCAGCGCCGCGAAGAGAUCACCCGCGACGUCCAGCUCAUCGAUCAAGCUCUCGCUUCUACCGUAAUCUGUUAG